GUCCCGGUGCCCGCCCCGGUGCCCCCGGUGCCGGGGGCAGCACGUGGCCGCUGAUCCCGUUAAGCGCCUUUGCCCGGGGGGAGGUGGCACCAUGGCCACCCCCCGCACUGUCCUUGUCACCGGCUGCUCCUCGGGCAUCGGCCUGGCCCUGGCCGUGCUGCUGGCCCGGGACCCCCAGCGGCGCUACCUGGUCCUGGCCACCAUGCGGGACCUGGCGCGGCGGGGCCCGCUGGAGGCCGCGGCCGGCGCCGCUGUCGGGGACACGCUGCGGCUGCUGCCGCUCGAUGUCACCAGCGACGCGUCCGUGGCCGAGUGCCUGCGGCAGGUGCCGGGCGGGCGCGUGGACGUCGUGGGGGUGGCUUUCAACGACGUCUACGCCGCCUCCAAGUUCGCGGUGGAGGGGCUGUGCGAGAGCCUGGCCGUGCAGCUGCUGCACUUCAACGUCUUCGUGUCCCUGGUGGAGCCGGGCCCGGUGCACACGGAAUUCGAGCGGAAGCUGCUGCGGGAGGUGGAAAAAUCCGAAUUUCCGGGAGCGGACGCGGAGACGCUGCGCUGCUUCCGCGAGGUUUUCCUGCCCGCCUCCCGCCAGGUGUUCGACACCUUCGGCCAGACCCCCGAGGAGGUGGCACAGGCCAUCGCGGGGGUGAUCGCCGCCCCCCGGCCCCCGUUCCGGACCCCCACCAACGCCCUGUACUCGCCGCUGCUGGCGCUGCGCUUCGCCGACCCCCGCGGGGAUUUGGGGGUUCGCUCCUUCCACCGCCUCCUCUUCGACCUGGCCGCUGCCUCUCAUUCGCUGCCGCGCCGAAGCCGGAAGCGAGCGGAAGGGACAGACCGGAAGUGGCGGAAGGGACAGGCCGGAAGUGGCUGA